AUGAAAGUUAAGAUCAUAUUAGCCUGCAUGAAUUUUGUGAUGUGCAUAAUGGUAAAGGUUGUAAUGUUCCGUUUGCUUCCACUGUCUUCCUUAGGGCAAGAGGAUUACAACAGGCUGAGGCCUUUGAGCUACAGGGGGGCAGAUGUCUUUGUCCUGGCCUUCUCUUUAGUUAGUCAUGCAAGCUACGAAAAUGUGUUGAAGAAGUGGGUUCCUGAACUGCAGCAUUUUGCUCCUAGCAUUCCAGUGGUGCUAGUUGGCACCAAAUUGGAUCUCCGAGAAGACAAGCACUAUUUGGCUGAUCAUCCUGGCCUGGUGCCUGUAACUUCUGAGCAAGGAGAGGAAUUGCGUAAACUGGUAGGAGCUACAUAUUAUAUUGAGUGCAGCUCAAAAACUCAGCAGAACGUGAAGUCAGUUUUUGAUGCUGCUAUCAAGGUGGUCAUCAAGCCUCCACAUAAACAAGAGAAGAAGAAAAAACCACGUCGAGGGUGUCUUCUGUCAGUACACUUUUUUCAUAUCAUAACAACUCCUGCACGUGAAACUGUCUUACUUGAGGAUAGAUCAUUAAGUGUUGAUUACUGCUAUCACAAUCAAAAUUAUCCAUACAUGUAG